AUGUCUGCAUUGGGGCUGCUUCUGGGCCUCGCAGCCCUCACUGACUUACCUGAAAGCAGCAGCUGGGGAAGCAGCAGUUGGGGAUGCUAUGGAAACAUCCCAACCCUCGAAAUCCCUGGGGCGUCUUGUGGGGUUGGAAGACCCAGAGGCCUGAACUGCUCGGGAGUCCGUGCUUCUGAAAGGCUGGCUGAAAUAGACAUGGCACAGCUAGUGAGAUACCAACCCAUUUCGCGGACUGUCGGCCGGAAGUACUGCGUGGACCCUGCGGUCAUCACCGCUGUCUUGUCCAGGCAGGCUCACGGAGGCAACGUUCUGGUCAACGUGGGAGACGUGGGCGAUGGGGUUGGGGUGGUGCAGGACCCUGGUCUUCUUGCUCCCAAGUCCUGGAUCAGUGAGUCCCAGGUUGCCCAGAUGACUGAGGUCCUGACUGUUGGAAUGAAAGAGAUCCAGAGGAAGUUUCCAAGCUAGACCCCGGACAUGUUAACGAUCACUGUAAUUUCAGGUGGCCUCUGCUCCUACAGUGGAGGGGUUGGCUAUGUCAGAAGUAGCCAGGACCUGAGCUGCGACUUCUGCAACGACGUCCUUGCACGAGCGAAAUACUACAAGAGACAUGGCUUCUAA